AUGAAGGGAAACCGCAACCCACCGGCACCAGCAUCCGGCGCCGCCCCGCUGUCUCCGACCUCCAAGGGCACCGCGAAAUACACGAACAAAGACGGGUCGAAGUUCAUAACAGUUCCCAAAACGAGCACUCCCGUCGACUCCGCUCAGCCUUCCCCAACAGCUGCAUCCUCUCCGAAUAACAAGGCCGCAGCGCACCUCUCCCCGGGACACGCACCCGCUCAACCUGUAAACCGGAAGAAGCAGAAGCGGCGCGAGAAGGCAGCUGCGAAAGCGGCCGCCGAACAAGCCAUGAGCGGCCAAACCGUCAGCGGGAUACCCAGCCCUCCCGGUACCAGCGACCAGCAGUCGGCAGGCGCCGACCCAGAGGACGACGAGGAGGAGCCGGUCCCCGGCCAAGGUUAUCAGGGCGCGGCCGCGCAACAGAACCGGGGUGGGCAGAGUGCGUCUGGGAAGUCCAAGAAGUCCAGGAAGAAAAAGAAAAAGAAUGCCACCGGGCAAAAGACGGACGAACCUCCCGACAACAGCCAAGGCGCGCAGAAUGUUCAAGGUCGCCCGCAAGCCUCUGAGGCUCCUCCGUUAACCCCCCAGACCGACCGGCCCACCAUGUCAAGGGAGAAGAUAUGGAACACGAGCUCCUCGGAGGAGCGGGAGCGUAUCAAAGAGUUCUGGCUUGGGUUGAGCGAAAGCGAGCGCAAGUCGCUGGUCAAAGUGGAAAAGGAUGCAGUCCUCAAAAAGAUGAAGGAACAGCAGAAACACACCUGUAGUUGUACCGUGUGCGGAAGGAAGCGGACCGCCAUCGAAGAGGAGCUCGAAGGCCUCUACGACGCCUACUAUGAGGAGCUGGAGCAGUACGCGAACCACCCCGGCCAAGGCGAAGGGCCUCCGAUGCGGUCAUUUGGCUCAAUGAGCGGGAUACGGCCUCGCGGGCUUCCCUCGAGAUAUUCCAGUCAUCAGCCGUCCCAUGGGCGUAUCAUGGAGCAGCUGGGAGACGAGGAAGAAGAGGAGGCCGCUAUGGAGGACGAAGGCGAAGGCGAGGGGGAGGGGGAAAUGGUGGAUGUCUAUAGCGAAGAUGAUCCAGAAGACGACUUGUACAGCGAGGAAGACCAUGAGCCCUCGGAAGAAGAACUGCACCGACCCGACUACGCUGCCGAUUUCUUCAAUUUCGGGAACAGCCUGACUGUGCAGGGCGGCAUCUUGACCGUGGCCGACGACCUGCUCAAGAACGACGGCAAGAAAUUCAUCGAAAUGAUGGAGCAACUCGCCGAACGCCGUAUGGCCCGAGAACAGGAGUCUAGGGAACAGUUUGAGCGGGACUACGGUCACACCACUGGCGAUCCUUAUGGCCAUAAUCAUCCGCCGCCCCCAGAAGAGGAAGAGUUUGAUGAGGAGGAGGAGGAGUAUGAGGACGACGAAGAAGACGAAUACGACAGCCAGGAGGAAGAGGAUACCAUGACAGAGGAGCAGCGGAUGGAGGAAGGGAGGCGGAUGUUUCAGAUCUUUGCGGCCCGGAUGUUCGAGCAGAGAGUCCUUACCGCCUACCGAGAAAAGGUCGCCAAGGAACGUCAGGCUAGGCUCCUGGAGGAAAUCGAGGCCGAGAAGCUGCAAGAUGCCCAGCGCAAAGCAAAGAAGGCCAAAGAGGCGCAAAAGCGCAAGGAGAAGGCUGCCAGGAAGAAGGAGCAGCAGGCUGAAGAGAAGGCACGUAAGGAGGCCGAAAGGGCUGCUGAAGAGGCGGCACGCCGAGAAGAAGCGGUCCGCAAGGCUGAAGAGCAGCAACGCAAGGCCGAGGAAAGACGGGAGAAGAAGGAGGCCCAAAAGAGGGCAGAGGACGAGGAGCGUCAACGGAAGGAGGCAGAGCGGCUACGCAAAAUGCAAGAACGGGAAGAGAACGAGCGCAAAGCUCGUGAGGCCAGGGAACGGGAGAAGAAGGCUCGCGAGGAGGCGCGCCUAAGGGAGAAAGAAGCUCGAGAGCAGAAGGAGCGUGAGGCCCGCCAGAAAAGGGAACAGCAAGAGCGCGAGCGGCGAGAGAAGGAGGCCAAGGCGAAGGCAGAGCGGGAGGCGAGGGAAGCUAGGGAAGUCAAGGGGCCGAAGGAGGGAAAGGAGACCAAGCACAAAGGGGCAAAGGAGAAGGCAGCUCAGGGGACGGCAGCAAUCACCGCCCCGGUUCCGGUUCCGGUGCCCGUCACGCUUCCCAAAAGGCCUUCAACCCAAAAUCAACACAUGCCCGGGCACCCUGCCGCAACCGCACCAGCGCCAAUACAACAGGCCCCAAAGUCCUACGCCUCGCCACAGAUUCCCGUGGCUACCCCAGCACUACCCAAGGCUCCGACGCCCAUGCGUGUCCGCCAGGCAUCACAACAUGAGAACGCCGCGACUCCUUCAGGGGCAGCCUCACACCGCGGGUCUGUGGCUAGCCAAAAUGCGUCCCCUCGUCCGAGUGCACCAGGGCAGGCGAGCCCCGCGCGGAUAGCACCUCCGAAUAAGCAUGGGGCUGCGAGUAUCAACGGGCAGAGCAGUGCGCAGUCACAGUCAUACUCGGCGUCUCCACUGAACCUGCCAGCCAAACCACUGCCACCACAACAUAGCCCGUUCGGCAUCGCCACUAUGGGUGGUAGUGGCACACCUCUCCCGCCAGGCUUGCCUCAAACUCCCCCUCCCCCUGGAUUCAGCAAUGCCAUCCACCGGGAACCUUUGUUCCCUCCGGUGUCCGGCUUCAGGCCCGCGCCGGGCAUGGGCCCAGUGCCCCCGCCUGGGUUGGGUGGCCCGGUAGGAAACCGAGGGUUCCCGAUGCAACCUCCCCCGGGCCUUUACGGUCCUGUGGAUGCUAUGUCAGGGAGCCAUGCCCAAAUGAUGGGCCCGGCCGUGCCAGCAGGCGACCCGUCUCCGCACUCGCGUCAAAACUCGACAAGCUUCGAGGCAAGCUCGUCUCAACAACCUACCAGCCGCCCGACACCGAUAGGGCGACCGGCAAGCGUGGUCCACGGUCAACGACCGUUGAGCGGGACACCCUCGCCUGGGCUGCCCAAGCCAGAACCGGACGCUCAUUUAGGGAGUCGCGCUCUCUUGGAUGAUGGUCUGCAGGACUUCCCCGGACGCCUGGCUCGGGGUACCACAGCACCGGGCCCCCGCCCAGCACCGGGAUUCCCAAUGGCGCCUUUCGGAAUGGAACCCAUAUUCCCAUCGUACGGCAACCCCUGGGGCCCGCCUGGCGUGCUACAGCCGAAUCCGUUCGGACCUCUUGCGCCUCCUGCUUUCGGUCACAGCCCGUUAACCAUGCAUGCCCCAAUGAGCAUGCCCUGGGGUCACCCGAUGCCACCAGCGUCAACUUUCGGAGGACACGGCGUCGUCGACCGGCCGAUGGAGCCUCGGUCAGUAGCCGUCAGGAAAAUGCUGCGUCGUGCCUGCGAGGAGUUGGCCGAUGGCAGCAGCAAGCAGGAUGACAACAGUCCUCAAGCCCCUGUCAAGUUCAUACCUCUCGAGAAGAUCAAGGCACAGAUAGAGAUGUUCAACCACGGGCAUCCUGUCGAGGAGAAGGAGAUCCUCGACAUUUGCGAGACCGAAGGCAACGAAGUCAAUGGCGGCGGCAGCUUUGACGUGCGGGAUGACGACAAGGGCGGCAAGCUGAUCAGGUUCGUGUCCGGCGACGAGCAGAGAACGCCACAACCGGUGCAAAGGGCGGUCGGAUACCACCCAGGGAGCCCAAUUGGGACCGGUGCUGGCUCGGUGGUCGGCAGCCGCUAG